AUGGGUCAUAACAUUUGGGGACACCUGGGAAUUGAACCCAGACCCACAAGAAGCCACGCCACGAGCAGCCUCAACACCCCCAGGGGCAAGGGUGCCUUUGCCAUGGACGGUGCCGACUCCGGCCCCGCAGCCGACCUUCGCAACGCUUGGCCCAGGGUUCGCUUGACCAGCGGGUCGCGGCUGAUAUAUGCCUCUGGCGAGACUCCCAUGAACCGCUGCCAGUCCGCCAGGGCGCUCAGCGUGCCGGUGACGGUGGAGGUCGCGUACCGGCCAACUGCAUGCGCUAUGAACAGACACACCAGGUCCCGAUUGAGCCGACCUUCGCAACGCUUGGCCCAGGGUUCGCUUGACCAGCGGGUCGCGGCUGAUAUAUGCCUCUGGCGAGACUCCCAUGAACCGCUGCCAGUCCGCCAGGGCGCUCAGCGUGCCGGUGACGGUGGAGGUCGCGUACCGGCCAACUGCAUGCGCUAUGAACAGACACACCAGGUCCCGAUUGAGGUCAGACCCACGCUGGCGGGGCAGGGCGUCCGCCUCCGGCACCCCUGCGACCUCCGUACAGAAGCGCACAAAGCGCCGCCGCCCCGACUCAUAAGUGACCGAAGAGCUGUCUGCGACCGCGCUGCCGUGCAACUCCACGGCUAG